CAAGUGAAACAAUAAGAGAAAAUAUUUUACCAGAACAAAAUAUAGAAGAUGAUAUAGAAAGAGCUAUAACAAGUGGCAAUCAAACUAAUAAUCAAAAAUUGACUAAUGAGUAUCAAGUCACUAAUAAUAAUAUGAGUGGAGAAAAUAAAUCUAGUCAAACAAUAAGAGAACAUAUUAUACCAGAACAAAAUACAGAAGAUGAUAUAGUAAGAGAAACAACUAGUGACGAUCAAACUAGUAAUCAAAUAAUGACUAAUAAACAUCAAGCAACUAGUAGUAAUAUGAAUGGAGAAAAUAAAUCAAGUGAGACAAUAAGAGAACAUAUUAUACCAGAACAAAAUACAGAAGAUGAUAUAGAAAGAGAAAUAAUUAGUGAUGAUCAAACUAAUAAUCAAAUAUUGACUAAUGAGCAUCAAGCCACUAAUCAUAAUAUGAGUGGAGAAAAUAAAUCUAGCGAAGCAAUAAAAAAAAAUAUUAUACAAGAACAAAAUAUAGAAGAUGAUAUAGAAAGAGAAAUAAUUAGCGAUGAUCAAACUAAUAAUCAAAAAUUGACUAAUGAACAUCAAGCAAGAAAUAAUUAG